AAUGCAAUCUGUUAUUUGCAGUACAUUCAUGGCUUAGCUGCUAGGGGAGUUCAUUAUAUUCAUAGGCCAGGACCAACACUUCAAGAUCUUGGAUACACUGUUCUUCCGGAGCUUGGUCAAGAUAAAAGCUAUAUAAGUGAAACUGUCUUCACUUGUGUUUUUCUUUCCUUUGUCCUGUGGACUUUCCAUCCUUUCAUCAUAAAAAGCAAGAAGAUAUACACUGUGUUGAUAUGGUGCAGGGUUCUCGCCUUCUUAGUUGCUUGUCAGUUUCUCCGAGUCAUAACGUUCUUUUCCACUCAGCUUCCUGGUCCUAACUAUCACUGUCGAGAGGGUUCUGAGCUUGCCAGGUUGCCACGGCCACAUAGCGUUCUUGAGGUUCUCUUGCUCAACUUUCCUCGUGGUGUGAUAUACGGAUGUGGAGAUUUGAUUUUCUCGUCUCAUAUGAUAUUCACACUAGUCUUUGUCCUCACUUACCAGAAGUACGGUUCUAAAAGGUUCAUAAAGCUGUUAGGUUGGGUCAUAGCUAUAUUGCAAAGCCUCUUGAUUAUCGCGUCACGCAAACAUUACACAGUCGAUGUUGUGGUUGCUUGGUAUACAGUGAACUUGGUUGUGUUCUUCCUCGACAAGAAACUACCAGAGUUGCCUGAUCGGACAACGGUGUUGCUUCCGGUGAGCUCAAAAGACAGAACCAAAGAAGAGAAUCACAAACUCUUGAACGGGAACGGUGUUGAUCCUGCAGAUAGGAGACCUAGGGCUCAAGUUAAUGGUAAAGACAGCAAUGGAGGUCACAGUGAUAACGCUAACAAUAGCGCAUGAGAACGCAAGUUUAGUUUUCAGAUCGUUAUGUUUUUGAUCAAUUUGAAUAUAUAGGAUUAUAAAUCCAGAAAGGAUCACGAACAAAAAAGACAGAGUCAGCUUGUACAUUUCACAGUUUCUUGCUUCUCAAGUUUGUCGAUGUUUGUGUAACACGAAACAAAUCUCUUUAUACAUAUUAACCAAUCCCAUUUUAGUUC